CAAAUCUACCCAACGAGACACCCAAACCGAGUACUGUUGUUACUAGACAGCUACGAUGGCAGACAACCUCGCAGAAUCAUGGCAGGUGCCCUCGGAAGACUCACGUAUCAUUGGGCACAAUCCCUUGAUUCCACCGGCACUUCUACAAGAAGAGUUCCCACAAUCUUCAGCAUCCUUGCGCACCGUUGUGCGUGCACGUAAAGAAAUCUCUGCCGUGCUGAAGGGAACCGAUGAUAGGCUUGUUGUUGUGGUGGGUCCUUGUUCGCUGCAUGAUGCGGAUCAGGCGCUGGAAUACGCCAAGCUGUUGAUGCCACUCAAGGAGGAGCUGCAAAAGGACUUGCUCAUUAUCAUGCGCAGUUACUUGGAGAAGCCGCGGACGACGGUUGGUUGGAAGGGCCUCAUCAAUGAUCCUGAUAUCGAUGGCAGUUUCAACAUCAACAAGGGUCUUCGCAUCUCACGCAAGCUCUUUGUCGAGUUGACGGAAUUGGGCAUGCCACUUGCUUCAGAGAUGCUGGAUACAAUCUCGCCACAGUUCUUGGCAGACUUGUUGUCUCUGGGUGCGAUUGGUGCGCGAACGACCGAAUCACAAUUGCAUCGUGAACUUGCUUCAGGUCUAUCCUUCCCGGUCGGUUUCAAGAAUGGUACGGAUGGUGGAUUGGGCGUUGCCGUGGAUGCCAUGGGUGCUGCUUCCCAUCCACACACAUUUUUGGGUGUGACGAAGCAAGGACUUGCUGCUAUUCAGCAAACGCGAGGUAAUGACGAGACAUUUAUGAUUUUGCGUGGUGGCAAGCAUGGUACCAACUAUGAUACUGCGUCUGUUGCGGAAGCAGCUGCUGCCUUGGAAAAGGCCAAGUUGUCACCGACACGCAUCAUGGUGGAUUGCUCACAUGGCAAUUCCCUCAAGAAUCACAAAAACCAACCAAAAGUCUCGCAUGACAUUACCGAGCAGUUGCAGGCGGGUGGGAAGAAUAUCUUUGGCGUGAUGAUUGAGUCGCAUGUCAAUGAAGGUGCACAGAAGGUGCCAGCAGAAGGCAAGGCUGGGUUGAAGCAUGGUGUGUCCAUCACAGAUGCUUGUGUGCAUUUCGAGGAUACGCAAGUCAUGCUGCGUGAGUUGGCGGAAGGUGUUCGCGCUCGUAGAAGUCGUUUGUAGAUUUUGACGCGUCACCACACACUAAAUGGCCGAGAGACCGGAGCUUGAUUCAUUCAAGCAGAAGCUGAUUGAGCAUAG